AGCCCCAGCCUAUGGGGGCGCGGGGCGCUGUCACGUGCCCGAGCCCCGCUCGCCGCUGCGGAGCCGGAGGAGCCAGGACGGGGCCGCGGAGCCGGGACGGGGCCGCGCCGGAGGCAGCGCUGGAGCCGGCGGCGGGCGGGGUGAAUUGCAGACAGUGACUCCCAGAGCAUCUUGGCUGUAUGAACUCUUGAGCUGUCAAGGGACUGAGAGGCUUAUGAAGAGGUUCUGUCAGGCAAAACAGUGCUUAGCCAAGACACCAAGGAGGAGGGAAAAGGAGAAAGGGAGGGAGAGAGAGCUGAAACACUAACAAACCAUGAGAUCUAUCCGAUCUUUUGCUAAUGAUGACCGCCAUGUAAUGGUGAAACAUUCAACCAUUUAUCCAUCUCCAGAGGAACUUGAAGCUGUCCAGAACAUGGUAUCAACAGUAGAAUGUGCCCUUAAACAUGUCUCUGACUGGAUGGAUGAAAAGAACAAGUCUACAAAAUGUGAGGGUGAUGUGGAAGCAAAGGAGGAAGCUGCAGAAAGCAAUGCCAAGGAUCAAGGUGGUCGGACGUUGUGUGGUGUUAUGAGAAUUGGCUUGGUUGCAAAGGGCUUGCUGAUAAAAGAUGAUAUGGAUCUGGAGCUGGUGCUCAUGUGUAAAGAAAAACCUACAAAGACCUUGUUAUGUAUAGUUAAAGACAAUCUCCCAGCUCAAAUUCAGAAACUUACAGAAGAGAAGUAUCUUGUGGAGGAGCAUGUAAAUGAGGCAGCUAUUGUUAUUCGUAACACAAAGGAGCCCAAGCUGACUUUGAAGGUGAUACUUACAUCCCCUCUCAUUCGAGAUGAAGCAGAGAAGAAGGAAGGAGUAGACAAUGUUGCGAUGAAAGAUCCUCCGGACUUAUUGGACAGGCAGAAAUGCCUGGAGGCCUUGGCGUCUCUGCGGCACGCCAAAUGGUUUCAGGCCAGGGCAAAUGGACUAAAAUCAUGUGUAAUUGUCCUUCGUAUUCUGCGGGAUUUGUGCAACAGAGUCCCCACAUGGGCACCACUGAAAGGAUGGCCACUCGAGCUUAUAUGUGAAAAAUCUAUAGGUACUUGUAAUAGACCUCUGGGCGCUGGGGAAGCAUUGCGACGAGUGAUGGAGUGCUUGGCAUCUGGAAUUCUGCUUCCUGGAGGCCCUGGUCUGCAUGACCCCUGUGAACGGGAGCCAACAGAUGCUCUGUCAUAUAUGACAGUUCAGCAAAAAGAAGCCAUUACGCACAGUGCGCAGCAUGCCCUCAGAUUAUCAGCCUUUGGUCAGAUCUAUAAGGUUUUGGAAAUGGACCCCCUCCCAUCAAAUAAGUCCUUUCAGAAAUAUUCCUGGUCAGUAACUGACAAAGAAGGUACAGGCUCCUCUGCUCUUAAGAGGCCAUUUGAAGAUACUGUCGGGGAUGAUAAAGAUCCAAAUAAAAAGAUGAAGCGUAAUCUGAGGAAAAUACUAGAUAGUAAAGCAAUAGAUCUCAUGAAUGCUCUGAUGAGGCUGAACCAAAUCAGGCCAGGGCUUCAGUAUAAGCUGCUGUCACAGUCUGGUCCAGUCCAUGCCCCAGUCUUCACAAUGUCUGUAGAUGUUGAUGGUACAACAUACGAAGCAUCAGGACCUUCUAAGAAAACAGCCAAGCUCCAUGUGGCAGUGAAGGUUCUACAAGCCAUGGGGUACCCAACUGGUUUUGAUGCAGACGUGGAGUGUAUGAGUUCCGAUGAAAAAUCAGAUACUGAAGGUAAAAGUGAAACAACAUCUUCAGUCUCAAGCAAUAAUACUGGAAAUUCCACAGCUGACACCUCCGCUACCCUAGAGGUAAGAACUCAGGGUCCUAUACUCACAGCAAGUGGCAAAAACCCGGUGAUGGAGCUCAAUGAAAAAAGAAGAGGUCUGAAGUAUGAGCUCAUCUCCGAGACAGGUGGAAGCCAUGACAAGCGCUUUGUGAUGGAGGUAGAAGUAGAUGGGCAGAAGUUCAGAGGCGCAGGCCCAAAUAAGAAAGUAGCAAAAGCAAGUGCUGCAUUAGCAGCACUUGAAAAACUGUUUUCUGGGCCUAAUGCAGCAAACAACAAGAAAAAGAAGAUUAUUCCUCAGACUAAAGGGGUCGUCAGUACAGCUGUUUCUGCAGCAGUCCAGGCUGUUCGAGGCAGAGGACGAGGUGCUUUAACACGAGGAGCAUUUGUUGGAGCAGCUGCUGCUACUGGCUACAUAACACCAGGCUACGGAGCACCGUAUGGGUACAGUACAGCCGCACCAGCUUACGCCAUAUGCACUUGUAUAAAAUAAGCAGAAAUGUAGUGACUCUAAGCUGAGAUCGUGAUAUAAAGGUAAGAGAUUUUAUUUUCAGCUUAAAGAAUAUUUUUAUUGUGUUUUUCCUAAAAAUCUCCUAUACCUGUGACAAUCUUGUAUAUGGCACGUGUUUAUUAUGUCUUGUUUAACUAAAUGUUUGAACAGGUAAUAUCUAGGUCUGAAUGCCAACUUUGUCUUUUUUCAAGGCCACUUCAAAUACUCCCAUUUAGUUAGAAAAUAUUACUUAUUACUUUUAAAAAAUUGAUUUUAUUAACAGACUGUUCUCCUUCAAGUAUUUUUCUCUUGUGUAGCAUAAAAAGCUGUAUUGCUACUGCUGUGUCAGGCACUGCACUCCUUGCAUACCUGUGGAAAACACUGGGUAGAUACCAAAGCCACGGCCAUGGCCUGCACUGAAUCCACCCCCUGGUUAUAGGUAUGUGGAAUGAAAAUUAGAAGUGGCAUGUGUGAUACUAUCUAACUAACAAGGAGAGAAAUUAAUUCCCUAAACUACUAGAGCUAACCUCCAAAUAAAGAAUGAAAGACUUUGAUGAUACUGCAGUUAAAAUCUGCAGAGAUCAAAUGACAUUAGGCCAAAUUAAUCCAUGAAGCAGCCAGGUUUGCUUUCCUCCUGUGGGCGCAGUGGGAGGAGAGGAAGGCAGGCAGGCGGUGAUUGCACUCGGCAUGAAUCAUUUGCUGAGCCGUGGUUCUAAAGCUAGAAAUCAGGAUACAGCCAUCCAUAAAUAACUGUGUUCGGUUCUGUAAUAAAUGUUUUAACAAGUAUUUUACUUGGAUUAAAAUGGGUUUGGAUUAUGACCUAUAUGGUGCACACUCUAUGUGUUUUACAGUAGUUUUAAAAUACUGUUUUUUAAUUUGCCUUUAUAUAACCUUCUGUUAUGCAAAGUUGCACAGUGCAGUGCUGCACCACUGCAGUACCUGAAGUUGCUGGAAACAACUUUUUUUAUAUAAGAAUGGUUUAAUAAAAAAGCAAAAGGGAGGGAGUUGGUGAUGCUGCAUUAGCAUUUUAGGGUCUCAGUUCAGAGAUUAAAGUGUCUGAAACAUCCGACUGAUCACAGUUUAUACUGAUAUAAAGCAAGAACACAUUUGUUAUAAAUUAAGUAGUAGUCUAUCAGGCCCGAAGCUUCUUGUUUUGCAUCAAAAUGUAACAGCAAAAAUAAACUGUAUUUCAUUUCGCUAUUGAAACGUCAGAUCACUAAAUAAUUGCAUGUGUAGGUUUAUCCAUAACUCAGGGUAUGUCUGGAUAGAAUUCAUAAGCUGAUAUAGAAAGUAGUUGUUAAGUAUUGUUAGCUUUGCUGCUGUGGGCAGAAACCUGACCUUGCAGGUGGCCCAUGAGUUGGCACCCAUGGGACCACAUCACCAUUUGGUUACAUUUGCAGCUGCAACUGAUGAGCCAUCAGAAUGUCCUUCCUGCUCUGUGGGGCAGGUUUUCAUCUGCUGUUAUCUUCAAGGUGCAAACCUGGGUCUUGGGCUGAAGCUCACUUAAAAUUCAGCCCAUUCUUCCAGCCUGUCAGGCUAAGCUGUCCUGAUUGUGGAGCAGCAGGCUGCUCCAGCUUCUUCAGCAGACAGGAGUUUAGAUGCGUCAGGGCAAUGUAAGGUGCACUAUAACGAACUUCUCUCAAGUACUCCUUUCCUAGCUUAACUGAUGUUAGUCUGACAAGCACUGUCCAGUUCAAGGACUGAUGAUUAAAAUGUCUUGCUGGCUCUUAUUUGAUCUACUUCUUUGUGGCUUGUACAGCUUGUGGCAGCUUAAUCCAUUUGUAUUGGUUUCCAUCAGAACUGCUUUGACUGUGAAUUUCUGUAUUUUCUGUCAUCACCCUUUUAGCUCUUACAGUCCAAAGUAUUCCACUCUGCUGCUUUCAUAUUCUCUCUUUGUCGUAUCUUCUGCUAGAAUCAGUGAUAAGCUCGUAAGGUGCAGGAUUUCCUCAGAACCUGUCUCACUGAAAAUAGAACUUGAGCAAAACAUUCCCAUAUUGAAGUGUCAUGGAUGCAGGCUCCGUAAGUGCCAAAGAGCUUGUUGGCAUGGGAGAGAGCAGUUAAAUUCUGACAGCAGGUUUUAAUCUAACUGAAAUACCAAGCUAUUAUCGGAUGAGUAAUUUGGGUAACGUCUGCUUGAUCAAUAUUGCAAUAAGCACUGUUUUGCUAAGGCAGAACUAGAACUCCUUUCUUUUGCAUAAUACUUGCAAGUUUCCUUUUUGAAGCCUUCUCACAGGAGCAUGGUCUGAAGUGCCUUUUCUGUGAGAUCAGAGGUCUGGUUUAUGGCUACUAAGUUCUGUAUGUCUGGAUAUACCCAACAGGCAAAUAUGUAAACCUGGCUCUGUAUGCUUGGUGCAGCUGCUAGUGUCACUGCCUAUUUUGUAGCACCUUCUUAGCGAAGCAGAAAUGCUAUUUUAUAGUUUGAAUUUCUGGUUCAUGUUAAAGAGUUCUGGAAAAGUUUCUUUCAAUUAGUACAUAUAUAAAUAGGACAGCAGGGAAAGUCUGCAUGUACACUGCCCACCUUCACUCUAGUUUUAGCUAGCCAGAUGACAGCAUGUAUUUUGGGAAAUGGUGUCUGGCACUUAAAGGAUGAAAAGAAGCUAGAGAUUUACAAUAACAAAUUGACCUGUUUAAUGUAUUGUCUGUACUGGAGGUGAAUGGCAUUUCCGCUCACUUUGAAAGAACAAUUGUGAGUUCCAGUGGUCUGCUGUGUUAACACUAAGGACAGUGACGUUGUUUACACAACAGGGAGAUGAAAUACAGCCUGUUCCACUGUUACAAUAGCAUCUGUUUGCCAUUAGCCAUGCUUGCAUAGAAAACGCACAGUCAGGCAGGUACAUGCUUUCUCUUUCUACCAGUUUGUGUUUCAUGGACCACAUGUGUGAUGUAUGUCAAACCAGCCUACUGCACUGUCUGAUGGGGUCUGAAGUGCCCCAGCUGGACAGCAGGUCUCAGGCCCAUCUUCCCACCAGAUAAUUUAAUCCCAGUUGAACUCUUAUACCAUUGUAGCACUGGUGUGAGAGCAGCAUUGGUAUGACCUUGUUGUGAGAUCAUAUAUUCUAGAAGCAGUCUUUUCCUUUGUUUUGAAAUAGGUGAAAGCUAGACAGACAUACUGUUUAGGAAUUAGUCAGCACGACUUGAGAGGACACCUAGUGCUAUUGUACACAGCGUACACGUCAGCUGGUAGCUCCUCUCCAAAAGUGCACAGUUCUGCAAGGAGUUGGCACCUCCAUUUCACCAGCUGCAGGGUCAAAACUUGAGUUUUAAACAGCAGUCUUUACAGAUGGGAACGCUUAAGUACUGUGUGCUGCUAACCAUACCUCAGCAGUUUCCCCCCCCAGUGGGUGUCAUCUUCCCAGAUGCAACCAUGAAUUUUGAAGAAAUAAGGUACUUGAUAAAAUGGGACUUUAAUCUCACUUUGCCCUAUGAGAUUUCUCCAGGCAUGUUUCUAUCUACGUAAGGUUUUAAAGGCAACCAGAUUGACUUGGAGAGCUUGGUUAGCUGAAAGCAUGGUAUGUGAUCCUUCCUGCCAUCGUGCCCUCUCGCUUGCUGUCUUAAGCACACAUUCAGGAGCUGGAACAUGGUGACCCAAUUCCUGGGCAUUGUGCCAGCUGGAUGGAGGGAGGCCAGCCUGUACUCAUGAAGGGAAUGUGUAACAUCCAGCCUCUGUUGCCCAAGCGAAUUCUGUUGGACACAGUGCACAGUCCAACCCUCACAAAGGCAAUUUAGUGCCUGGGUAGGUGGCUCCUAAUCUGUCUAAUUUGCUGUCAUGUAGCCAAUGUGAGCUAAUGAGAUGAUUCAGCAAUUGUCAUGGCUCCCACUUAAUGUGCUGUAAACCUGCUACUGUGACUUCCACUGCAGCUAAAUACCUCUGCUUCUGUGAAUGCUGUUCUCCUUCACUGCCUUUCUGAUCACCUUCUAACACCCAGUAAAUAAGUGUUUCUAUAUUCUUAAAAACCUUUAAUCAAAAGCUUCGGAGAAACAAGUUUUCCUACAAAUAUUUCAACUUACUCAUGUGCCAAGGGACUACUUCUACUCAUCUACAAAGAUCUGUGAAAACUACUCUGGUAUGUCUGAUCUCUGGAGACUAGGAGUCUUUCUUUGAGAACACUCGCCUUCUGGUAGGAAAAAAAGAUUUAAAGUGUAUCUCACUCAAUAAAGACUGUGCCCUGUAGCCACUGAAAGAACUUAACUGGGGAAAAGUGUACAAAUCUAAUGUUAUUUGAGGUUUUUUUCUUUCAAUUAACUAUUGAGAAAAAUUUUUCUGACCACAAGUUCCUUUCAGUAUUAGGAAACAGAAAAUGAAAGAAGAGUAGCACGAUCUAGGAAAAAAAAAAAUCUGUUUGCUGGCUUGUGACUCUGGGACAUCAAUCUCCUGGCACUUCCAAAACUCUGAGAUAGCAAUAAAUAUGAGCAGCUCUAACCUACCAUCCCUGAUCCAGUCCCAGCAAUGUCCUGAGAGAGUGUCCCUUGCUUCACCUGCAGUUCUGCAUCUGCACUUCUGAGAGCCCCACAGAUCAUCAUAGUCUAGACAUGGGACUCCCAGACAUCUCUCCAGAACUGUAUAAAUGAAGAACAAUACAGUAUUUCGGUCUUUACUCAGACAAAAUUGCAGGCUUCCCUCUGCCUCUUGCUUUGUAGGCUAAGAUACAAUCACUCAGUAUUAGAACUGCUCCUGCUUAGCUAAUUUCUCUGUAGACAGUUGCCUGUGACUUAAGGGAGAAAUACGUCCCAGCUUCAGAUGAGUUCCCAGUCACAGAAGCAGCUUACAGAACUGGCUACUAUUUCCAGUGGCUCUGGGAAACAGCACAAGAAUUCUGCUGCAGUGGGUUCUUUUGGCUACACGAUGAGUUCAGAUUGUUAUUCACAGUUGUGAAGCUGACUAAGACUUCUCUCGGGCAUCAAAAGAAUGAAAAUGAGCUCUCUGCUGGACUCACUGAGGAGUUCUGUUAAGAACAGUUGUACUGUCUCAAAAAACAGUAACUCAGCUAGAAUGCUCAGGACACAGACCCUCUUGGGCUUCCUGCUGAAUAUAUCUACUGAAAAAUGAGAUGCUUUAUUGACUUGUUUAAAGCAAAGCAAAGGGAUACUGUAGAUCCAUCUCUUGUCUAAGGUAUAUGACAUAGCUUACUGGUUUCAUCCUUCUGUUAUAGCACAUCUGCCUGUUCCUCUAGCCUAGGGUCUUUUAGAAGAUGGUGCUUUUUCUGCUAGGCCUGUCUGACACGGUAUAGGCAAUGCAAUGCCUUACUAGAAGUAUCUGUGAGAGUUAUGUAAAAGAAAAAUUCAUCACACUGUACAGUUUAAAUUCAGUAAAGUAGUUUCUUCCUCCA